AUGUCCCCACACCACCUCCAUCUCCACCUCCCGACACAGAUUCAUUGCAUCACGGCACAAACAUCGCCACUUCAUGACCCAUCUCCUUCUUCUUCAUUAGAUCCAUCCAAAACCCCACAAAAAUGUCAUCUUCUUCAUCACCACCCUCUUCACAAGUGUUCUUCAUUUCAUCACUCAUUAUCCUCUGCUUGUGCUAUCCUCAGUUACAUCUCCAUUGUUUUUCUCAAAGUUGUGCCGUUUCAGAAGAUCAAAUCGAGGUCGCAGUUUUUAAGGAUUGCAACUCUCAGCAUUGUGUUUUGUGCGUCGGUUGUCGGUGGGAAUAUUUCUCUUAGAUUUUUGCCUGUUUCUUUCAACCAAGCUGUCGGUGCAACGACACCGUUUUUCACCGCCAUGUUUGCGUAUCUGAUGACCUUAAAGAGAGAAGCUUGGGUUACAUAUGGUGCACUUGUUCCCGUUGUCACUGGUGUUGUGAUUGCCAGUGGGGGUGAGCCAAGUUUUCAUUUGUAUGGAUUUAUUAUGUGCAUAAGUGCGACCGCUGCUAGGGCCUUCAAGUCAGUUCUUCAAGGCAUCCUACUUUCUUCCGAGGGGGAGAAGUUGAAUUCCAUGAAUUUGUUGCUAUAUAUGUCCCCGAUUGCUAUCGUUGUUUUAUUGCCUGCUGCACUUAUAAUGGAACCGGAUGUGAUAGAAGUUACCAUUUCUCUUGCAUUGAAACAUAGAUUCAUGUGGCUAUUGAUUUUGAUCAAUUCAACCAUGGCUUAUGCAGCCAACUUGACCAAUUUCUUGGUGACCAAGAACACAAGUGCAUUGACACUCCAGGUACUUGGGAAUGCGAAAGGAGCUGUAGCUGUUGUUAUCUCCAUACUUCUUUUCAGAAAUCCCGUGACAUUUGUAGGAAUAGCUGGUUACUCGAUGACUGUUAUGGGGGUGAUUGCUUAUGGAGAAGCCAAGCGGAGAUACAAGUGAUUGUCAACCAAAAGUUUUAGCAGCAGUUAGAGCAUUGAGUUAUUGAUUACGAUUAGAAGUGAGAGCUAAGAGAGGUUUAUUUUUUGAAUUGGAUUCAACAACUUUGUGAAGCACCAUAGACUCCUUGGUUUUGUGAACAUAUAAGAGAAAAAGCUUUCACAUGUAGCUUUCAUGCUAUAUAUCAGAUGAAAGUCAUGUAAUUUGUGAGUGCUUUCAUGUGAAACUUAGAUUUGGUUUGUGGUAUGUAAUUUUAAAGGUCAUUAUUAUAAC